AUUUCAUUCAAAAAUGUUUCACAAAUGUCCAUAUGGUUCAUUAAUAUUUUCAAUGUUGUUUAUCAGUGGUGUUAGUAUCAAUAUUUUUUGUAUAAUAAAAUUGACCAAUAUUUAUUCAUUAUUUGCCUAUGAUAUGUUGAAACGAAAAGAUUAUUUUUGGAUCAAAGAUAUUAGAAUCAAUUUGAUUGUUUUUUAUACAAUCACAAUGUUAUUGAUAUGCUAUAAUUUGGUCAUUUCAUUUCGAAUAACAAUCAAUGCAAAUAAUGCUAUUGAUACACCUUUAACAAAGAAAAAAUCUAAACGUAUUUAUUGUCUUGAUUCGGGAAUCAUACAGAAAAUUGUUUUUGCAAUCAAUCAAUUUAUUAUGAUUACAUUUUUUAUCGUAACAAUGUUGAUUAUGAUUGAAUAUUUUGUUGUAUGGACAUUAACACAUCUUUGUACGGAAGGAUCUAAUGUUAUGCGAUUAAUGCCACAAGAUCAAUAUAAAACUGAUCGUUUACCAGGUCAAUUGGGACAAUUUCUUGAUUUAAGAGAAUUUGCACCAAUCAUUGGUCUACGUAUGAAUGAAACACAAUUUCUUUAUUUUGAAAAUGAUCGAUUGAAAAUGUUUUGCGAUGAUUAUGUUUCUAUUUCAUAUCUUUACAGUAUAAUUUUUUUCAUUUCAUCAACAAUUACCUAUUAUUCAUUGGUACAAUUGAAUAUUUUAUUAGCCAGUAAUAUUAGUAAAGAUUCAAUACGAAAAGAUUUUCAAGAUGUAAUGUUUCUUUAUUUUAAUGAUGUAGCAUUGGUUAAUUCUGAACAAAGAAAAUGAAUUGAAAGCAACAAUAAUAAUAAUAAAUUAAUAAAAUUCCUAAAAC